UUGGAUUUUGGCCUAUGAUUUGUGGAUUCUAAAGCAGACGCUUUGGCCCAUAGUUCUUUCGACUUAUAAGAUAGGAAAGCUUCAGCGUCUUGAUAUGCUACUACGAGAGCUGAAGGCCGGCCAGCACCGUGUACUUAUUUUUACCCAGAUGGCUCGUAUGUUGGAUAUCCUUGAGCAAUUUCUCGCCUAUCACGGUUAUCGCUAUCUUCGGCUAGAUGGCACCACCAAGGUAGAACAUCGCCAGCUGCUGAUGGAGCGCUUCAAUGCCGACUCUCGCAUUUUUGUCUUUAUACUCUCAACUCGAUCUGGCGGACUUGGCGUCAACUUAACAGGGGCAGAUACUGUUAUAUUCUAUGACUCCGACUGGAAUCCUACGAUGGACGCCCAGGCACAAGACAGGUGUCACCGAAUUGGUCAGACUCGGGAUGUUCAUAUAUAUCGACUUAUCAGCGAGAUGACUGUAGAAGAGAAUAUUCUGCGCAAGGCCAAUCAGAAGCGAUUUCUUAGCGAUGUGGCUAUCGAGGGUGGGAAAUUCACGACCGCUUUCUUCCGUCAGAACACUAUCAAUGAGCUUUUCGCCAAGCCGUCGGGUCUCGAGGUAAUUGCUCUUUCAGAGCCUUAUCUGAAUCUUAUUCGUUGUUAUCCUCGUUCACAAAUCUUUAGAACCAACUCUUACUUUUUAUCUGUUAAAUAUUUUAUUAUCACUAUCUUGGUCCCAGUAUUUUAG